CAAAUGAAAGUCAACGUAAUCCUUCAAUUGUUAUUUUGACAUCAAAAAAUCGUAGUGAAAUUCAAUAUAUAAUUCAAAAUAAAAUAAAUGAUUCAAAAAAUACAAAAAUUAUUUAUAGAAAUGGUGAUCCAACGUCGAUCAAUGAUUUAAAUAAAUUGAGUCUUAAUCAAGCACGAUCAAUAAUAAUACUGGCAUCGGAAAUAAAAAAUCCUGAUGUUAGAAUAAUAAAAACAAUAUUAGCAAUUAGAAAUAAUCCACGACAAAAUGCCAUCAAUUUUCAUAUUGUAGCUGAAUUAAAAGAACGAAUUAAUUUAGAAGCGGCAAGAGUGGCAGGUUUUUAUUAA